ACCCAAUACCCAAGAUUUCAGAUAUCAAUUACAUUGAGUGUUUACUCGAGUUCCUUUGUGAACGUUUUGCUUAAUCUCUCCUUUGAGGAUUCAGGAGAAUUGAUUGGUCUCUUAUCAACUAGAGAACGCGUCUAGUUGUGGCGAGCAUCGACUAUAUCGAUUGGCCUUAUCCACGGGUUCGAGAUUGUUUGGUUGGUUUAAUAUACCAACUGACACUUCUCACGAGUUCGGAUCUGUUUGAUCGAUUUCUGCAACUAUCCUUUAUUUACGUGUUAUUAAAGAAAGAAGAAAACCCCAAAAGAGUUCGACGUUGCACGAUUCUAAUUUUUUGUCCAAGUUUGGAUGGAUUCUCGAAUUAGGAUCAUAUUAAAAGCCCCAUCCUUUGAUUUCACAAUUGGUAUCAGAGCCGAUCGUCGUAGAACAAGAUCUAACGAUCUCCGGCGAAAUCGAUCAUGGGAAGCGGUUCAACCGACAAUGCUCAAUCUCUCUACUUUUGCGACAAAGAGCUGGCGUUUCUCAGACCGCCCAGGUUUGUUGGUAAAGAGUAUUUUCGUUGGAAGCAUAUAAUGAAAUUAUUUAUGCUUUCGGUUGAUCCUAAACUUUGGCUUAUCAUUGAGAAUGGGUUGCUUAAAUUAAAAGAUGAUAACUUGAUAUGGGAAAAGAAUAAGAAAAGUUACAGUUAAAUGCCAAAGCUAUGUAUAUUGUAUUGAGUGUUCUAGAUAUGGAAGAUUAUAAUUGUGUAUCUCACUGUAAAUUUGCGAAAGAUGUUUGGGAAAGUUUGUAGGGUUUAUAUAAUGGAGCAGACUUAUUGAUAGAACGAAAGGUAGGCACGAGAGCUAGAAUUAUGAACAAACAUUGUUCCCCAACUCACAAGGGAAGGAUGGAGCGCAAUAAGCGUGAUAAUGCUGAAGCAAGCAGGAAAGUUAUUGCCUUUUCUGAAGUAAAGAAAUUAGAACUCAUUGAUGACCUUAUUAGAGUUCAAAGCUUGUAUUUAAAAUUUGGUGCUAGGUUUAAGAACCUAAAAGAGGAAUUUGAAGAUGAGAUAUUUGAACUGAAAAGAGAGUUAGAGGACCUGAAACAAGAAAAAAUUAUUUCUGAUGACAAAGCUGAAUCUGUUAUAGUUAAAAACUCAACUCUAAUUGUUGAAUUAGAAAAAAUAAGAAAAGAAAAUGAGAUUGACAAAGGUGAUAAUCUUGCAUCUGAAUUGGAAGCUCUAACAACUCAGAUAGCUUGCCUAGAAGCUGAAAACUUUUCUCUGGGAAGUAAACUAUUAGCUGCUGAAAGUAAAUGUCUGUUACUUGAGCUGAAAAUGGAUAUAGAGCCAAUAUGUCUAGACUUCGUGAUGAAAUCCGAAACUUCAUAUGCCAUAAAUGCAAUAGACGAGGUCAUACUAGUAGACAUUGUUUUCUAAACAACAAGAAUGUUAACUUGAGAUGCUAUUGUUGUCAUAAAGUUAGAAAUAUAAGCAGAAAUUGUAGGUUUUGACAUGAAAAUGAGUGGUUUGAUAAACCAUAUAACUAUUCUCAUUCCAGUAAAAAGGUAACCAAACUUGAUUGGGUACCCAAAUCACAAUAUUGAUUACUUUGCUGGAAAUAGUAGAUGUGAAAGCACAAUUUGAAUCAUGGUUUUUUUUUUGUGUACGAUUGCUCUCACUCAAUGAUGUGGAAAUCAUGUCUUCUCUAAGUUAGAUUAAAUUAUUAAAUUCUACUGCAUAUAGAUUUUAUAAGGAUGCACAAUGAGUGGACAUUCUACUGUAUAUUUUACAUGAGUUGCAUUAAGAUUAUUAUGGGUGUCUAGGACAACAAGUUCAACUGUUUACAAGUAGACACUCUUUUGUGUCCUGAUUUAUUCUUAAAAUGCAGCUCCAGUACGCUUUUGUUGUCUUAAUUGUGCAUGAACCAAAUAGCAGUUUUGUUAUCAUACUGAUCAAUGAAAAGCAUACAGAAUAUUGCAGCAUGAUUGGAAUUUUCUUGAACUCACUGAAUGUAUCAGAUUGAUAUAAAUUAUCAAGUUCUUGGUCUUACUUGUGGUUUCGAAAUUCAUUUUACUUAUGUGCUCAUGUAAAAAAUCAGUAAGUUGGUAUUUGAAACUACAAUAUAUGUGACCCAAUAAAGGUCAAACUAUGUUUAUAUGGUUGAUUCUUGUAACAUCCCGUUCCGGCAAAACCCAUAUUUAGAUCGCUAGAAAGUUUGCGAUUUAAAAUCGAGCGUUUUAAUAGUAUUUCGACAAAAAUCGGAUUAUUAAUCAAUCGGAUAAGUAUACGUAUUAAUUAUAUAUAUAUAUAUAUUAUAUAAAUAUAAUAUACAGGGUAUAGUAUCAUGCCCAAAAAUCCUCCUAAUUCGAGGUCUAGAUAGCGUUUUCAUACUCAAGGUAUGCGGUACAACGGAUUUCCCCCGGGGUACCGUAGAAGGCACCAUAUUAUAUAUAUAUAUAUGGUGACUACUUCGGUGCACCCACAAAAAUGAGUGCGUUCAAUGCACCCAAUUCAAAAACUAGUCUUAAGGUGUCGGAUUUUGAAUUUUAAUUUGUAGAAUUAGUGUAAUAUGAUGAUAUAACAUAUGAUAACAACUAAUUAGCGGAUUACCCUAAGCUAUAGACCUCCAAUUUUGAGUUAUAUCCCUAAAUCCCAAAUUAUAAACCCUAACCCUAACCCCAAAUCUCUAAACUAUAAAUCCUUCAAAUUAAAGUAAAUCUUUAAUGGUUUUUGUGCAAAUUCAUGUGCGUUAUUGUUCAUCACAUCAUAAGUAGGGAUGGCAAUGGGGCGGGUUUGGGGCGGGUUUGCCUAAACCAUCCCCAUCCCCAUCUUCAAACACCCAAACCCAUACCCGCCCCAUACCCAUGCGGGGGAAUGUUUUGGAAACCCAUCCCCAUACCCGUGGGUUUCGGGUACCCAUGGGUAAUACCCAUCCCCGUACAUCCAACAUUAUUAUACCUAAAACUUACAAGAAAAGUUUUAAUUAUAACCAUAAAUAAACCUAUAUAUCAUGAAGUCAACAAAACACGGUCAUUUUCUAAAUACGAUUCAAAGAAUAUGAUCCUAAAACAUCCAUUAAUACAUAAUAUAGACUAUAAUAUUUUUAAAUUAUUAUGCUCUAACUCUUGAUACAUUUACUAAGUAAUAAUUAACUAACAUAAUCUUGUUGACAAGGGGGAAAGUGAAAGAGUGGAAGGAGAAUUGAGGGAAAUGAAUUAGGUUUUGUUUAAGGUGGUUACUCAAUUGCAUUUCUACUAUUUAUUUUCUCGAGUUAUCAUCAUCAUCAUUGAUAGAUUACAAUUUAAUCCACAUAUUUUUUGAUAUGUGAAGAAAUUCUCUUGGUGGGGCGGGUAUGGGUAUGGGUAUGGGGCGGGGGAGGCUAAAACCAUACCCGCCCCAUACCCAUCAAACUUUUUGCGGGUUUUACCCAUACCCGCCCCAUACCCGGUCAAAGCGGGGAUUCCCCGCGUUGACUGGGUCGGGGGCGGUCGGGUACCCGUGGCCAUGGGUUUGAUUGCCAUCCCUAAUCAUAAGUGAUGAUUGACAUCAUUUUGACAUAAAUCGCAUGUUUAAAAUAACGAUUAUGAAGCGAGUGCACUGAAUGCACCCAAAAAAGUGAGUGCACUGAAAACGCCACUAUAUAUAUAUAUAUAAAAUAAAAUAAAAGAGGCGGUCGGGGCCAUAUAUAAUUCCCCCUCCCGACCAUUCUUUCCCAUCCAAUUCAUUUUGUUCUUUCUUUUGCUAUUCACGGACCGAGAGAAGCAGAGCGACCAGAGUUCAAGGGAGCAACGCGAGGGAAAAAUUUCACAGCUCAAUUCUUGAGCCCUAGUGAUCCGAAAAUCCCGAAAGUAAUGCCUAAUCCAUCCUUAUGUCGUAGUUUAUCGAUUUAGAGCUUUAAAACGAGUUUUUGAUUCAGGAAUUUAUUGAAUUUAUGAUAAGCCAAAUUAGGGUUUCGGAGUAUCCGGAAGCCAGAUUGAGCCCAAAUUUCAUAUACGAGCUUCCUGCAGCGAGGUAAUCAAUCCUCUUGUUCUAAUCCAUGAAUUUCGGCAAUUAUUUAGGUCGGGGUCCAAAUCGCAGAAUUUAGCUCCGGCCAGGGUUUGAUGUGUUUUUAUCGAGAAUUUGAUCCGGAGCCUAGAACUAAUAUUGACGGGGAUACUGCAGGGGAUAUUAGGACGGUCUUGAAUUUUAAUUCGGGGUUCGUUCGUGAAAUUGACGUUUUAGUACGGGAGGCUAGAACCGGUGUUUGAACGACCAGAACUGGUGAGGGAUUAGCACGGCAUACCGGGUUUGUCGUAUCACGAUAAUUAUAUUGAUGCUUAGAAUUGACCUAGGUGAACUAGAAUGGCAUGAUUAAGGGUGUAUGAACUUUUGUGUUAUAUGAUGAACCAUGGACUAUUGUAUGAUAUUAUUGACUUGCCCUAAUCGAGAUGGACCUUGUUUAUGUUGAUGAUUUCGUAUAUGUUGCAAAUUGUGGGCUUGACUGUUGAUAUGCCUUAUGAUGGUUCAAAAAGGUGAUUGGGUAUGAUUUUUCAUUAUUGUUGUAUUUGGAUGCAUAUGUGGGAAAAUAUAUAUUCCCUGGUGAUAUUAUGACGUUUAAGGAGGAUGACUUGCACGAGGGUUUAUCCCGAGGAAGUGCAAUUAUACGACUCCUGAUUUACCUAUGUUGAGUCAAUUGUGGCCAGGUCAAGUACAUGUGCAAGUAGCGAAUUAUGAUUAAGCAAGAUGAGAUAUGGAUCAUGGAUAAGGAUACCAAGUAAGAGUACUUUGGUCUCAUGGUCAAUUACAUAGUAAUUAGGGCUCCCCAUGCUAUUACUCCGUUAUGAUAUGUUAUGUCACACCCCUGAUGUGGUGUUGACCGUUGAUUCAUCAUGAGAUAUGACCACAUCCAGAGUGGUGUCAAGUCCGAUAUGACUACACCGACAGUGGUGGGUCCGAUAUGACCACAUCCACGAGAUGUUUGGUUCGUGUUCCCGGGAGAGUAAAUAGCAUGGGAGUAGCCAGGCGCCUAUGAUUAAAACAUGAUAAGAUGCAUAUGCAUAAGUCAAGGUGGUUGAGUCUUUUGCCUAUUGGGAUAUGAAGAUGGCUGAGGUCUGAUCCUAGUGCUUUGGCUUAUUUGCUAGAUGUAUGGUAGGGGUAUGCUUUGUUAUGAACUCACGAUGCAAGGAUUAUCUCACUCAGCUAUGAGAUGACCCUCUUUAUCCGUUUUCUCUGCUUAUGCCAUGUGUAAGCAGAUCAUCAUCAGCAACAGCAGUAGAUAGGUGAAUAGGUGGGAGCUGAGCAAGAGUUGAAGGCAAGAUGAGGAAUGGUCUUCAACUAUUCUGUGCUUGGACUACUACUCGGGAUUUUGGCUAGUGAUCCACACCUUUUUUUAAAAAUGUUUUGAGAAUGUUUUUCAUGUGCAUACUAGCUUCUGAGGUAGUGUGAGAUACCCACAGGUGUGGAAAGUUGAUGAUAUGUGUAUAUGUUGUGUAACUGUGUAAGUUGUGACGAUUAUGGUAUGUAUAAGUAGGGUAUGCAGUUGUGGAGUAUGAAAAGUGUGACUAUGGCUAAGAAAAGCCAAUGCAUAUGGUUGUGAGUAUAUAUGUUUUUGAUGAAUUAUUUUGCAGGAUAAGGUGCAAGAACUGUUAGCCCAUUAUGCGAGUAAUUCAUGUCGAAAUUUUAUUUGGGUAAAUUUUGACAAUUAAUGUAACACCCGAGAUUAAUUCCGCUACAAUUGUAUGAACAAUAUGAUUAGGCAAAACGUAUAGGGUAGGGUGUUACAGUUUGGUAUCAGAGCCCGGUUCCCUCUUUUUGCUGUUAUGGCGUACUAUACCCUAUGGGAGGUUAAACACUCCUAAGGAGGGGAGUACCCCAUAAUGACUUAAACUGGGAAUUGAGUUUGACAUGAUUAUGUGUAUUGGUAUGAUGGAUGAAAUUAUCUGUAUCAUGGUUUUCAAAAUUGAGUUUUGAACUUCUAUGUUUUCAAGUAAUUAUUUUGGGAAAAUUUUGUUUUAACCAAGUGAGAGAGUGGGUGAAGAAUGAAUUUUGUGUGGAUCAAUCUUAGGCCAAUAUUUCCUUGUAGCUCGCACGGAAGUUGUGAAAAUGUUCCUACUGACCAGUCAAGAGGAGUGGGGGCGGUUGAUGCAAGACCGCCAGUAUUAGAUUAUGCAAAGAUGAAGAGUUUGGGUGGUAGGGACUUCACGGGAGAUGUGAGCCCAGAUGCUGUAGUAGAGUGGUUGAGAGAGAUGGAAGAUGUGUUUGAGUAUCUUUAUGCAACCCUAGAGGAAAAAGUGCAAUAUGUUGUUUUUCUCCUAAAGGGGUACGCGAGGAGCUGGUGGUCCUCAGUCUCUAGAGUUAAUGGUGAACGAGUUCAGUUCACCUGGGAGGAGUUCCUGAAGGCCUUUAAGACAGAGUUUCUUCCCGAAGCUUUUAUCAGGGCAAAGAAUAAUGAAUUCGCCAACCUUAAGCAAGAGAACAUGACAGUUACUGAGUACACCAUCAAGUUUGUUCAACUACUCUACUUUGAAGAUGGGUUGGCGGAUACUGAGCAUAAGAAGAAGAUGGAAUACUUACAUGGUCUACGCCUAGGGUUGAAAGAAAAGAUUCACAUGGUUGAUGAAGAGAGUAUGGCCACUAUCAAGGAGGCAGCACUUAAGUAUGAAGCCUAUGAAGUUGAGGGUAGAGAGGAACACAAGGCCAAAGAAGAGGAGAAGAAGAGGAAGUUUGGAGUGAGUUAUUCUGGACCUCGUUACCCAUCCAAGAGAGGUCCCAGCGGUUUUGGGAGAACACCGAGUCAAUCUAUGUCAGGAACAUCAUACAAGGCACCAGUUUCCUCAGCCACACCGGCUCCAGUUUGUCAAGUUUGUCAGAAGAGACACUUUGGAGAGUGUUGGAGGUUUUCUGGAGUAUGCUUUCAAUGCGGCCAGCGGGGUCACAUCAUGAGGAACUGUCCUUAUAGGGGAGGAGGAAGACCUACUCAGUCUGAACCUUCAGUGCACUUUAGUAGAGCCCCAGCCAGCAGUGGUUACCAGGGAGACCGUAGUGGAUUUCAGAGUGGUCGUAGUGGUUCACAGGGUGGUAGAGGUGGUGGUCGGAAUCAACUAUCAGGAAGUGGUACGUAGGGUACCAGAGCACAGGGAGCACCGAGGGUUUAUGCAAUGACUCGAGGUGAGGCAGAAGUGGCACCAGAAGUUGUGACUGGUAUGCUUACUAUUCUUGGCAAGCAAUUAUAUGCUUUGAUCGAUACUGAUUCCUCACACUCAUUCAUAUCAUAUACAUUUUCACAUAUGCUACACUUAGUUCCAGAUAAGCUAGGUUAUACCUUAUGUGUCAAAACACAUGUGGGAGAUACCUUGAAGGUAGACUCAGUUAUUAGAAGUUCCUUCAUUUGUGUGGAAGGAGCUUUCCUAGCAGCAGAUUUAAUUAUGCUACCUUUUGAUGAAUUUGAUGUCAUCCUUGGAAUGGACUUUCUGGCAAUACAUGGAGCUGUUGUGGAUUGUCAAAAGAAAGAAGUGUUAUUCAACACACCAGAUAAAGGUCCUGUUGUAUU